AUGAGGGUCCUUGCUGCCUGCCCACUGCUCGCGCUGCUGCUGCUGCUCCAGGUCUGGGAAAGCCAGCCCCAGGCGGCAGGUCCCAAGUGCCAUACGGGCCCCCUGGAUUUGGUGUUCGUGAUUGACAGUUCCCGCAGCGUGCGUCCCUUCGAGUUUGAGACGGUGCGGCAGUUCCUGGUGGGCCUCCUCCGCAGCUUGGACGUGGGGCUCAACGCCACGCGCGUUGGCGUCAUCCAGUACUCAAGUCAGGUGCAGAGCGUCUUCCCCCUGGGAGCCUUCUCGCACCGUGAGGACAUGGAACGGGCCCUCCGCGCCCUGGUGCCGCUGGCCCAGGGCACCAUGACCGGGCUGGCCAUCCAAUACGCCAUGAACGUGGCCUUCAGCGUGGCCGAGGGCGCUCGCCCCCCGGAGCAGCGCGUGCCGCGCAUCGCAGUCAUCGUGACCGACGGGCGGCCCCAGGACCGCGUGUCCGAGGUGGCAGCCCAGGCCCGUGCCCGCGGCAUCGAGAUUUACGCGGUUGGGGUGCAGCGCGCGGAUGUGGGCUCCCUGCGCGCCAUGGCGUCCCCGCCGCUGGAGGAACACGUCUUCCUCGUGGAGUCCUUUGACCUCAUCCAGGAGUUCGGCAGGCAGCUCCAUGGCCGCCUGUGCGGGACAGACCCGUGUGCUGAGGGGAGACACAGCUGCCAGCACCAGUGUGUCAACGCCCGAGGCACGUUCCACUGCACCUGCAACCCUGGUUACGAGCUGGCGGCAGACAACCGGAGCUGUGUGGCUGUUGACCACUGCAGCUGGGGGAACCAUAGCUGCCAGCACGAGUGUGUCAGUACCCUCCAGGGGCCUCGAUGCCACUGCAGAGAGGGGCAUGACCUGCUGCCCGAUGGGAGGAGCUGCCGCAUCCGUGACCUUUGCAAUGGCGUGGACCAUGGCUGUGAGUUUGAGUGUGUGAGCGAGGGCCUCACCUAUCGCUGCCUGUGUCCCGAGGGCUGGCAGCUCCAGGCGGAUGGCAAGAGCUGCACCCGGUGCCACGAAGGUCACGUGGACCUGGUUCUGCUUGUGGAUGGCUCCAAGAGCGUGCGCCCGCAGAACUUUGAGCUGGUGAAGCGCUUCGUGAACCAGAUCGUUGACUUCCUGGACGUGUCUCCCGAGGGCACGCGCGUGGGGCUGGUACAGUUCUCCAGCCGCGUGCGCACUGAGUUUCCGCUGGGCCGCUACGGCACCGCGGCCGAGAUCAAGCAGGCGGUCCUGGCCGUGGAGUACAUGGAGCGAGGGACCAUGACCGGGUUGGCGCUGCGACACAUGGUGGAGCACAGCUUCUCCGAGGCGCAGGGCGCGCGCCCCCGCGCUCUCCACGUGCCUCGCGUGGGCCUGGUCUUCACCGACGGCCGCUCCCAGGAUGACAUCUCGGUGUGGGCAGCGCGCGCCAAGGAGGAAGGCAUCGUCAUGUACGCGGUGGGCGUGGGCAAGGCGGUGGAGGAGGAGCUGCGCACCAUCGCCUCGGAGCCCGCUGAGCUGCACGUGUCGUACUCGCCCGACUUCAACACCAUGACGCACCUGUUGGAGAAUCUCAAAGGCAGCAUCUGCCCGGAGGAGGGCAUCGGUGCCGGGACAGAGCUUCGGAGUCCCUGUGACUGUGAAAGCCUGGUGGAGUUCCAGGGUCGCACGCUGGGGACACUAGACAGCCUGACACAGAAGUUGGCCCAGCUCUCCGUGCGCCUGGAGAACCUGGAGAACGUGAUGGGCAGCCAGAAGUGAGGGCCGCCGGGGGAGGAGGCACAUGUCCGCCAACGGUGCCUCUUGCGCGCCAUCGGGGCAGCAGCGCGAGGCCGAACCCGGGUCCCUGGGCAUGGAGUGCCCGGCAGGAAGCGCCGGCGGGGUCCCGGCGUUGCGCUCGGGU